GAUGUUUGAUGUUUGACGGCUUAGCAUGCAGGGCAUUUUACAUGGAAGGCCAGUGCACUUUUGGGUCAGUACAUGUGAUCCUACAAAGGUCUAUACAAGUUUUUCGAUCAUUUCCCGACGUUGAGCUGGGGGAAUCACGUUUCUUGCGUGCAGCUCGGUUUUGUUACGUCAGUGCCGGUAUGGCAGACCAAUUUAUCAUAAAAUUGGUUUCACCACACUUACGUUACAGAUUUCAGAAACUGGUUUAUGACUAGCAGAAUGACAUUACUGAUACCUAGUCAAGAUGUAAUUAGUAUUCUGUCAGGGCAGAAUACUAAUUUAAGAUUUAAAAUAAAUGUAAAGAUUUUUUUAAUCUUAAAAAAAAAAAAAAAAUUGUAAAAAAUUGCCUGCACAGUGCUGCAGUUGGUAUUACUUCUGUCUUGCAGCAAGAAGGUCCUGGGUUUGAAUCCCAGACCGAGGUUUUUCUGCAUGGAGUUUGCGUGUUCUCCCCGUGCAUACAGCGGUGGUUUCUCCAGCUUCCUCCCACAGUCCAAAGACAUGACUGUGAGGUUGAUUGGUCUCUCUAAAUUCUCCCUUAUUGUGGGUCUGUGCAUGCAUGAUUGUUUGUCCUGUCUGCCUCUGUGUUGACCUGUGAUGGAGAUUGGCACCAGCGUCCUAGGGAUAAGUGUGUAAGAUAAUGAAUGAAUGGAUGGAUUUAAAUAAAAUUUUAAAGAUUUUUUAAAAAGGCAUCGCUUUGGAAUGGGUUAAUAGUUGCACAUUUAGCCUUUUUUUUUAAGUGCAUUGUGUUUGUCGGAAGAUAAUAAAUUUGAGACUCUUUACAGACUUCUGAAGCAUGUCUUCAAGUUCACAAACUUUUUCAUUCUCCACAUAGCCCAUAAUGCUGAGCUGUUGUGGCUAUUUUGUGCAGGACAACGGAAAUUGUCAGAGGCAGCACACAGAAGCUUACGGGCAAUCAUUAAUCCAGAUAUCUAAAAAUGUAAUUUUAACUAAUUAUAAUCAUGUUAGUGUCACCCUUCAAAUGACGAAUCCGGUUAUGUCAAAAUGCAUUUUUAGAUAUCUAGAAUAUAAUGGAUAAUCAAACAAAACCGAUUUUAUGUUAAAACGGCCUGCCGUACAACAAGAACAUCCGGAGACGGCAGAAUCGAAACCCAGAGAGACAAUGUGCUGGAAAAAAGAGUAGGCGUAGGGUUAGGGUAAGUGAAUCUGCAGGGAGAUGCUGCCAAAUGUGUGAAAAUUACAUAUUUUCACGGCUGUAAACACUCAAUGGAAAAGUUGUAUAAGGGUAACAUAGGGGCAGAAAUUUGGAUUUGGGUUGCACUUGCCUGUUGUAUGAACAUAGCCAUAGAAACUGGGUGUGUUGGUGUGCUGUGUCACUGGAGGCAAACACAUUUUUCCCAGACUGCUUGGUUAUCUGGAGCACAAACAUGGAUAAUAUCAAGCAGGUCGCACAAAUGUUACCAGUGAAACAUCCAGUGAUAAAAUGUAUUGAAGAGGACGACUUAACAAAUCUUAAAAAGUUACUGCGAGAAAACCCUAUAAAUGCUCUUUACCCAUACAGUAAACUAAAUGAUAAUGUAACCCCUCUGACUGCUGCUGUUGUAAACCAUAACAUGCGUUUGUGUAAAUACCUUAUAAAACAAGGUUCAGACCCAAAUCGUGCCUCGACCAAUAGGUGGACACCUUUGCAUUAUGUCUCACUAGCCAAAGCUCCAAUUGGUUUCGUAGAAAAACUUCUUGAAGCAAAAGCAGAUCCAAAUGGGUGGAGACCCGGGGAAAUUGUGAUGCCUACACCACUACAAACUGCUGCCAGUAAUGAAAGAGAAGAUGUUGUCGGAAUGCUCCUCUCUGCUAAAGCAAAGGUGUUGUUGUUACCACCAGAACACCUCGACAGACUGAAAACCAACAAAAUCAUAGCUCGGAUUAUUCAUAAUUUGGGAUCUAAAGGAAAUGUUUUUUGCUCCAAAAUCUGUUAUUUUUUGGAUGUUGAAAUUGCUGUGGGACAGGAAACAUCAGAAAAGGUUUUCAAAGAUUUUCAUAAGCAUAUGUUACGGGAGAAUCCUGACAGCCAUUUGACCAUGAUUGAAGUGCUGUUCAAUGUGACGUGCAGAAAUGCACUUCAGAAUGCAGAAGCGAAGAAGAAGGUAGAAGACUAUAAAGGGAGAAGUAUUCAUUGGCUUAAGGAAAUGAAUAAUUUAAAUCGAUAUGUAUCAAGUGCAAUUAGACGUUUACAAAAUAUCCCAAAAGGAUCAGUGAGAUCAGUAGUUGAUACGUUAAAUGCAGUUUUCUGCACAAUGGACGACAUACCAAAUGAACAAGCAAAGGCCAUCCUUUCCAAACUGCUGGAUCAGCUUCAUCUAAAAGAGAGACAUACAACAUGGGAGGCUGUUCUGGAAACGCAAGCAGGACUUGAAAUUUGGGAGGCUGUUCUCCCAACAAUUUAUGUGAUAACACAGAAAACAAAGGACAUCAACAGCUGGGAAUCAGACGUUAUUGAAACACUGAGCAAAACAGUCUGUCCUUUUGUAGAUGAGCAGUACUCCCAUGAUAUCAGGGCCUAUACAUAUGGCAUAUUUGCAAACCUGCUCUCAGCUAAGAUCUUUCAGUCAGGCUUGAUAAAAUCAGUACCUGAGGACAUACUGAUAUACGCAGACACCAAAAUGAAUGACAAACUAAAAGAAGGACUAAAACGUCUAAAAAAAUUUUUAGACAACCCACAGACUGAAUGUGAUGAAAGCUCUAUUGUGGCUAAAUCCAAAAAAAAGAAGAAAAAGAAGAAGAAGACAAAGAAAGACGAAAAAGAAGACCCAAGCUGUGGUGAUGAUACAACUGCUUCUGAUGCAGAAAUACCUGCUGUAGCAAAGUUACUCUCAAAUGUAAGGCCAUUUAAUGACAGUCCAACCAAAGCAUCACCAUUAAGAAAAAGGCUUCCAAUCAGCAAAAGGUGGAAUGACAAGCUUAAAAAACUCGUAAGCAUUGAUGACAGCAAAGUGACAAGAAUACAAGGCAUUAUUUAUGUAAAUAAUAAAGAAUUUCACAUAGCAAAGGGAAGUGAUGGAACUGAAGUAUUCCUCGGACUGAGAUAUGAUGGCACAGAAGUUGCAAUUAAAAGAAUGUCUAAAAGCAACUAUGAAACUCUGAAGAAUGAGGAAGGAAUCCUUCGACUGCCAGAACUAGAUCAUCAUUCUAUUGUUCGAUACAUUGAUCAUGCAGAGGAUGAAAAUUUUGGAUAUCUUGCUCUCCAGCUUUGCGAGUACACUUUGGAAGAACAUAUCAAUGCUGGUGGUAUUGAUGCCCUCCAGAGAAAGAAACUCGUCUUAGAGCUUCUUGAAAGUUUAAAGGUGCUUCACUGUCAAAAUCCUCAGAUUCUCCAUCGUGAUUUAAAGCCACAAAAUGUUUUAAUUGAUGUUAUGGGGAAAUCAAGAUUGGCUGAUUUUGGGAUCAGUCGACGCUUACCCAAAGACCAAACAACGCACCAAACAGUAGCUGCAGGAACAAAGUGCUGGAAAGCCAGAGAGACUCUGGAGGAGGGGUGCAUUGUGUCGUACAAGUCAACCACUGAUGUACAGGUUGCAGGGAUGCUGAUGUAUUAUAUCCUGUCUGGAGGAAAACACCCAUUCAACGUCGGCAAAUCCUUUCUGCUGGAAGCAAACAUUGACGAAGGGAAAUACAGUUUGGAUGAUGUUCAGGAUGUUGUGGCUAAAGAUCUCAUUGAAUGGAUGAUCAACAAAGAACCAAUAGACAGACCGAGAGUUGAACAAUGCCUGAGUCACCCCUUCUUCUGGCCAUAUGUGAAAAAAAUUGAAUACCUGAAAAAAGUUGGUAACAGAGAGGAAGUGGCAAAAUAUCAAAAUGCAGAACAGGAACUUAUAGACUCGCUUGAAAGAUAUGCAGAUCAUGGAACCUUCUCUCAGUGGAAGGAAAAGUUUCCACAAGAGCUGGUUCAAAAGAUGGAUGGUAAGAAAAAAUCCUACCCUGACAACAUUCUGGGAUUGCUGCGUUUCAUACGCAAUAUGCAUGAGCACUAUGUUGAAGAUGCUUCCAAAACUGACGUCCUUGAAUUAUUUCCUGAUCUGUUUGGAUGUGUCUUCAAGUGCGCUAAAGACAAAGGGUGGAAUCAGCAGAUCCCACUGAAUGAAAUGUUUCAGAGUGAAGACUCUCGCAGCAUGUUUGUGAUGCCUUCCCCAAACAUCGAGGAGCAGCUGGGGGUUCCAGUUCAGGAGUCUCAACCCAGUAACUUGGAUUGAAUUCAAAUUCAGAGAGGCUUAAAAACACAAAGAAAUGACUGAAUCUUAUGCAGGUCAUUUAGUUUAUUAAUUGUAUUAUUAAUAAUACAAUAUUAUCAAUGCAGUUAUUAUGUUAUGUAACAAUCCUUUACUUGAUUAGCUUCGAACAUGUUCUUACAAACCCAAAUGCAUUGGAAAACCUCAUUAAUGUGUAAAUGAGGUUUGAUUUUUAAAAUGGGCGUAACAUACUAAGUGUUUUUUAUGUAUCUGUGAAGACUUUGCAUAUGGUGAUUAUCAGGAUCAUAUUUAUCUGUACUUCAGACUUGUCUGCUGCUGAUUUUUAAUUAAUUUUACAACAUGCCUUGUUUCUUUCCCAACAUGAACUAGAUAAAGCCUUCAUUAUAAUAUCAUUACUGUACAGAAAUGAGAUAUGUUGAAACCAAAGAUUAUAUUUUAUAUAUCAUGUUAAGCAUCAAUAAUUAGUUUUUAUUAAUUGAUUUCUUCAUAAUGUAGAAAUGUUUGGGAUUUUACCAGUUUUAUAUUUUCAAUGCAGUACUAAACUAAAAGAUCUACUUUAUAGGAUUUAAUCUAUUUUUCUUCUCUUCAUUAUAUGUCUGCUUAUACAAAAUUAGAAAAAUAAAGCAACCUUAUUUGAACAUAUAUUUUUAAAUGAUUCUCUUGUACCACCUUGUAUCUGUUAUAGGGUCCUAAUCUUAAUGGGUUAAAAAAAACAAUGUUGCAAAAAUGUUGCACGCUGUAAACAUUUAAAGUGUUUCUCUGAUUAUUUUGAAUAUGCCAUUGUUUGCCUUAUGUGAUAAGCUUUCAGUGUGGUAUUUUUAUUUAUUUUAUUUUUUUGGUUUUGUUUUUCCCAUCGGACUGAUUCAGCCAAAGAGGUAGAUUUCUAGAUUUCACAUUUGUAGUUUGAGACAAUAGUUUUGAGUUUUGCCAUGUUUGAUUGUGUAUCUUAUUUUCUCUUAAAUCUUUCACUUUGCCUUCACUGGGUUGGUUUACUGUUCACAAUUGAAGUUUUUUCAGUAUUUUAACUUUUUUUUAUGAAUUAUGUAUCGCUGUGUUUUCUAUUUAGAAUUUUUGCUCUGGGACAAUGAAAAUAAAUCACGUAUUUUUCUUGAAAAUUAUCACUUUGUCUUGUCAUUUAUGUGAAGUAGUGAGAAAAAAUGUGCAUGUAAACUUUUGGUUUCAACUGUAUGUACUGAACUGAAUAUUUUUACUUUUCGAAACGACCAUUUACAAUAAAGUAACUCUAACCCCGAUUACUCAGAUUCCCAUAAUAAAAUCAAAAACUGAAAUUUGUUUUGUUCUAAUGGUUUUAGACUUAUUUAAUCAUUCUAAUGUCUGGAUUUGGAUGAAGCUUCCUGGUGGAUCUUUCCACAAUAAGAGGUUUUAAACAACUGAGAUGCCAUUUUAUGCAUAUUUUUAACUUUUCCACUAAGUAUAAUAAUUCUCCUUAAAGAUAGUGUAAGCUGACAGAAAAUAUUUUUCCCACACAUCUUUACAAUAUCUUUUCACUUUUAUUUCAUCACUCAACUGAAUGAAUGUACAGCAGUUUUUAACAGAAACAUUCAAUAAGCUUCAAACUAGAUCUCACUAAAGAAUUACAAAGCUUGCAUAUAUAUAUUUUUUUAUUUACUUGCAAUGCCAUUCAUCUUAUCAAAAGCAUUUGAAGUCUUUGUCAGGUUUGUCUAAAAAUAAGUUGACUUUUUAAAUGUCAUGCUCUUGCAGGCUGAAUCAACUGAUUUUUGUUAGUAAGUGCAAAGAACUGUUAAGAUCAGGUAGUGGCAUCGGAGUCCUGAUUAUAUGUACACCUGGUAAGGAGUCAAUAUUUUUUUUAAGACUGAAAAAGAAAA